CUCAAGUACACGACACUGCGCGUGCAUGCUUGAUGGUUCGUAUGCGCAGAACGGCCGAUCGAAGCAGACGACGAGGCAGGCCCAUGCCGCGCGCUUAGCUUGCAGUGGAUUGUCCAAACAGGAACUGAUCAGCGACCACCAGUUGGGUCGGACUCCAAGAGCACCGGGAAUUUGAAGACGCGUCAAAUCGCCCGCGCGCUUGCAACAUGGCCAUGCAGGUUAAAUAGCGGAGCAGCUAGCUGCAAUAUAUCGACAUGCGCGCACGGCAUUGCCGGAGCACGACGUACGUACUCGUUCGUAGCUGGUGGUCUAUACGUACACAUCGCGCGAUGUGGACAUGGCUGGCGCUGGUGCUGGUGGCGCUGUGCGUGCCGGCCGCCGCGUCCUCAGCCGACACCGCGGCGGAGGCGGCGGCGUCGUCGUACAUUGUGCACAUGGACAAGUCGGCCAUGCCGAGGGCGUUCUCGAGCCACCUGAGCUGGUACGAGUCCACGCUCGCCGUGGCCGCCCCGGGGGCAGACAUGUUCUACGUCUACGACCACGCGAUGCACGGCUUCGCGGCGCGGCUCCCCGCAGAGGAUCUCGAGAAGCUCCGGCGCUCCCCGGGGUUCGUGUCGAGCUACCGCGACGACGCUACGGCGGUGACGCGCGACACCACGCACACUCCCGAGUUCCUUGGCGUCAGCGCGCCGGGGGGCGUGUGGGAAGCGACCCAGUACGGGGAAGACGUCAUCGUCGGCGUGGUGGACACGGGCGUGUGGCCCGAGAGCGCGAGCUACCGCGACGACGGGCUCCCUCCCGUGCCGGCCCGGUGGAAGGGCUUCUGCGAGUCGGGCACGGCUUUCGACGCCGCCCAGGUGUGCAACCGGAAGCUCGUCGGCGCAAGGAAGUUCAACAAGGGCCUCAUCGCCAACUCCAACGUGACCAUCGCCAUGAACUCCCCGAGAGACACGGAAGGGCACGGGACCCACACGUCGUCCACGGCCGCCGGCUCGCCCGUGUCGGGCGCGUCCUAUUUCGGCUACGCGCGGGGCACCGCCCGUGGCAUGGCUCCUCGCGCCAGGGUGGCCGUGUACAAGGCCCUGUGGGAUGAAGGCACGUACCAGUCUGACAUACUCGCCGCCAUGGACCAGGCCAUCGCCGACGGCGUCGACGUCCUCUCUCUCUCCCUCGGCCUGAACAACGUGCCUUUGUACAAGGACCCCAUCGCCAUCGGCGCGUUCGCGGCCAUGCAGCGCGGCGUGUUCGUGUCGACCUCGGCAGGCAACGCCGGCCCGGACUUCGGGUUGCUCCACAACGGCACGCCAUGGGUGCUCACCGUCGCGUCGGGCACGGUGGACCGGGAGUUCUCUAGCAUCGUCAAGCUCGGCGACGGCACGACCGUCAUCGGCGAAUCGCUGUACCUGGGGGGCAGCCCUGCAGGCACGUUCGCCAGCACCGCGCUCGUGUACCUCCGCGCGUGCGACAACGACACCCUGCUUUCCAUGAACCGCGACAAGGUCGUGCUGUGCGAGGCCGCGGGCGACUCGCUCGGCUCCGCGAUAUCCGCGGCGCAGAGCGCGAAAGUGCGUGCCGCGCUGUUCCUGUCGAACGACUCCUUCAGGGAGCUGUACGAGCACCUGGAGUUCCCCGGCGUGAUACUGAGCCCGCAGGACGCGCCCGCGCUGCUGCACUACAUCCAAAGGAGCCGCGCGCCCAAGGCGUCCAUCAAGUUCAAGGUGACCGUCGUGGACACCAAGCCCGCGCCGGCCGUGGCCACGUACUCGUCGCGCGGCCCGUCGGGGAGCUGCCCGGCGGUGCUCAAGCCGGACUUGCUCGCCCCGGGCUCGCUCAUCCUCGCCUCGUGGUCGGAGAACGCCACCGUCGGGACAGUCGGUUCUCAGACGCUAUACGGAAAGUUCAACAUCAUAUCAGGCACGUCCAUGUCGUGCCCGCACGCGUCCGGGGUGGCGGCGCUGCUCAGGGCCGUGCACCCGGACUGGAGCCCCGCGGCGGUGCGGUCCGCGCUGAUGACGACGGCCACCGCGGCGGACAACACGUUCAGUCCCAUCAAGGACAUGGGCCGGGACAACCGGGCCGCGACGCCGCUGGCGAUGGGCUCCGGCCACAUCGACCCGACCCGGGCCCUGGACCCGGGCCUGGUCUACGACGCAGGGCCGGAGGACUACAUCAAGCUCAUGUGCGCCAUGAACUACACGGCUGAGCAGAUCAAGACCGUGGUGAAGCCGCCGUCGAGCCCCGUGGACUGCUCCGGCGCGUCGCUCGACCUCAACUACCCGUCCUUCAUCGCGUACUUCGACCCCAGCGGCGCCGCGGGAGAGAAAACGUUCAACAGGGUCGUGACCAACGUAGGCGACGCGCCGGCGAGCUACAGCGCUAAGGUGAAGGGCCUGAGCGGGUUGACGGUGAGCGUGGUGCCCAGUAGGCUGGUGUUCGGCGGGAAGCACGAGAAGCAGAGGUACACGGUCGUGAUCCGGGGGCAGAUGAAGGACGACGUGGUGCUGCAUGGGUCGUUGACGUGGGUGGACGACGCCCGCAAGCACACGGUGAGGAGCCCCAUCGUGGCGAUGAUUGCGAGCUUGUCUCAGCUAUAGGACAUACGUGCACAGUACAGAAUUUUACAUGUAUCCAAAUCAGUUUAUCGAAGCAGAGAUGCAGAGGUAAACGAACAAGGCAGUCGCAGGCCAUUGCAAAUAAGGCAAUGGUUUGUUUAGAUACCGAAAAAAGGUUUCGCUAAACAAAAGAUACCCAAAAAAGGAUAUUGGAAUGUUCGAUACAAAUAAUGUUGAAAUGUUUCGAAUGAUUUUUUUUCAUGA